UUCAGUAAUUGCCAUUGCCGUGUGGUUUAUGCGGACAUAACUGCAGGGAUGUGUGUACCACUGGUGGUUUUUCUCAGCGCGGUUGUGCUCCACUCCGUGUCAGCUGGAGGUGUGUAUUGUGCUAAAACAGCCAGAGCCCGUGCAGCUGCCCUGGGUUUGGAUUAUCCUGGAGUCCAUGGAGCCCCUUAUCGCUCCGGAGCAGCUCACCAUGGGAUGCACCCCGACAUGAGGCCGUUCGGUCCUCAACCUUACAAGAACAAUGAUCCUGAAUUGGAUCAGACUGGACCUAACAUGGCCUCCUACAAACAAAGUCAACAAGACUGGAGAUCCCUAGAUGAUAGAAUACAUAAACAAACGCACUCCAGGACUUUGCCUGGCACUUCCAGUCAAGUUCAAAGUGAAUACACCACCGACCAGGCGCUGGGCCUUCCCAGAGGACGUUCUGUUAUUAACCGCAAGUCCAAUUUUGAGGAGGUCAAGCAUGUUGCUCCUCCAACUCUGGCUGUAGCCCCAGGCCGGCCUGACCUUGUGAAUCGGGAUCCCCAAGGUCGCAACAAGCAGCUCUCGUUUGUCUACAACAAGCACAGCCUUGUUGAUGAGUCUGUUCCAAAUAGACGUGACAUGUCUCCGAGUGGGCUCCCCCUGCCCCCAAGUGGGGGUCAUGGCACUUACCCGAGCGGUCUAACUGGAUCUGGCUUCGUAAGACGGGUUCCUGUCUACCGGUCAUCUGGCAUCACCAAGGGGGCGCCGACGUCUGGCCAAAACCUUGCUGUUGGUAGACCAAAAAGGAUUGGGUUCUCUGGCCGCCUUGCUCCUCCCCUGUACAGACCCCUCAAUGUCAAACGGUUGUUUCAAAGUAACUCCGUUCCGAGACGUCUGAUUAAAAGGUCAAAUUGGAUACAGUGAGAAUACGUUGGUGAGCUGAAGGCUCUGACACACAGCUUGGCUGUCUUGUCAAAUGGUGUCCCAGUGAGGAGUUGUUAAA